UCAAAUGAGCAAACCAAGUACAAGGGAGCAGGCAAGCAUAUAGUCAGGGAUAAGCCGGGGUCGGUGCAGGCGGAGUUCUUUCUUAGUCAGAUCAGGUCAGAUACAGGCAACAGAAUCAGGUUAUAGAGUGCAGAACGUUUAAAUAGACAUGUACGCUACUGCGCAUGUGCGCACUCGCACGCUCCUGCGCAUUCACACCUGCAUGCUCCCGCGCAUGCGCACUCGCACCGCCGCGGCCAGAGGGGAUCCGGGGCCGUCGCAC